AUGCCCUGCGACAGCGCAAGCUUCGUUAACGGUAGCGGCGUUGUUAUGUCCGACACUGAUGACGCACAGGCCACAGGCAGUGAGAAAGAUGGUCGCGGCAGGAGAACAAGCACAGGAUCGCGACACGAUGAUCAAACUGGGAACCUCGACGACUUGGAGGCGUGGGUGAAGAACGCCAUGAAGGCAAUGAACGCUGCCCUCAAGACAAGGAUGGAUGUAAUCGAGCAUGACAUUCUGAAGACAGAACAACGUUGA